AUGGUUUCUACAUCCGCUUGCAGGAACGAGGCGUCGCAGUCCGAACCCGAGAGGUUUUGUGACUUCGGCGACUCUGUGCUUCUAACCCACGGCGUCCUCACGCCAGAUCUCUGCAACGAAAUUGUGCAGAGCCUCGAGCAAUGGUCCUGGGUUCCGGCCGACUUGCAAGGCAGAGCAAGAGUGCUUGAUGAUGGCCAAGUCGAAACGUCUUCAGGGGUAGCAUCCCACUGCAUCUCAACAUAUGACAAGGACGUCGCGAAUCUUCUCUGGGAAAAGCUGGAACCGAUUAUUCCGCCAGAGCAGGAAGCGACGGGGAAUGUCUUCCAUCCUGUCGGCAUCGAUCCGCUUCUGCGCUUUGUUCGCUUCGACUCCGUCAGCGGUCCUCAGCUUACCGUGCCACACUACGAUGCUGGACACGAUUUCGAGGAGGGCAAUCUGCGCACGCUGAAAAGUGUCGUACUCGCCCUUACAUGGCACAUUCCUGGUGAGAUCCGGGAAGGAAAAGGGCUCAGGACCCGAUUUCUGUUGGACACGCAGCGAUGGAUGCCGGUGGAUGAAAGGAGCUUCUUGGACCACGCGAAGCCCGCCUCACAGAAAGAUGUCUUGGCCGAAAUCCCCAUGAAUAUCGCAGACUGCUUGCUCUUCGACCAUAGAACGCUUCAUGACUUUGUCGUCUGGACCGAUCCCUCCAGUCCGCAGAUUGUCCUGCGGACCGACAUCAUCUAUGAGCAGCAGCAGCCCGCACCUGCUAUGAUUCUAACUACAUCAGAUGCCAAUACUGUAUCAGUGAGUGAAACAACAGCGAGUCUGGAUCCAACUUACCGGAAAGCAUUGGCUGCUCUUAACGGGUCGUUCGAAGCGAUUCGGAAUGCUGGUUACUUCGACGAUGGUCUCCCCGGCAAUUACCACAGCUUUGACCGAAGCUGGUGGACCGGCCCAGUCGACAAGGUGCAAUCGCGGCUGUCGCAGCUAGGAAGAAGCGAUGGUUCUUCGAAGGAACUGGCUGUUCUCGCCACAACGGGUGCCUUCUGUCCAAUCCACCAGGGCCACAUUCAGAUGAUGGAGACAGCGAAGCGGGAACUGGAAUUGCGAGGCGUGGCCGUGCUAGGCGGUUAUUUCUGUCCUGACCAUGAGCAAUACGUCUCCUCGAAAAUGAGGUCUGGUGGUGAAUCUGAUGUCCUGUCUAGCGCCCAGCGCCUCUCUCUUUGUGAGCUGGCUGUUGCUGGCAGUGAAUGGCUUGCGGUUGACAGAUGGGCUGCCCUGUACGCACCAGGGUCAGUCAACUUCACGCGAGUAAUAGAUCAUCUGUCUCAGAUGCUUGCCCACCAUAUCCGGACGCAUCGUCCCGUGCAUGUCGUGUACGUCUUUGGAGGCGACAACGCUCGCUUCUCUUUCGCCUUUGCCCGGAGGCACUCAUGCGUGUGUGUUUUGCGGCCGGGAAGCCGAGCAUCCUUCGAGGAAGUCUCGGAAUACGUCUCACUUCUCAAAAGCCCUCGGGUUAUCUUUAGCUGGGACUCCUCCCCAGCCUUCAAUUCUACCGGAGUUCGACGUGGGGAUACUUCUGGUCUUUCUGACGGGGUGGCAGAGCAAUGGACACGCUUCCAAAGUGCCCGAACAGGAUUGCUCGCGUUGGACAACAGCAGACCAGUCAACUUUUAUAUGCGCGAAGAGGGCCACUGGGCUGUUGCGCCAUGGGCAAGUGAUCCCAGUUGUACUUUGGACGAGAUAUCCCGGCUUUACGGGAUAUUCUGCACAGGGCUGAAACGAGCCUUCGCCAGGGCUUUUGCCAGAGAACCGAGAAUGCUCCCACGGGUCAACAUAGUCCCAUUACGGCUCCAGGACCAACAGCAGACAUAUCAAAAGCUCUUUGGCAACGUGCGGGUCAUCAGCCUUGACCCUUGUCUGCCUGGGACAAUCAACGUCCAGGUAUCUCGAUGCUUUCGUCCACUCAACAGCCGAGCGUGCAAGUUCAUUGCGCGCCACGGUGCGCCUCCCCUUACAACCCAAAUCGGCUCCAUCGAGCCUGGCAAUUAUACUCUCUUUGAUGAUGACACAUUCAGCGGCAUGACGGGCAAAUACAUCACGGCUCUGCUCGCCGAUCGUUGCACCGUGGACAGGUUCCAGACGCUGUGUGAUGAACACGGACCACUCACCCUGGAUGACCAGGCUGCCGCAAUACCGCUCGGAAAGCGAUUGAACCAUGUCGACUGUCGUGAUUUCUUGGUUGGCUCGCGCGAGGGAGGCUUGUGUCUGGAACUUUCUGAUGGAUCAAUCUGCAGAGCACCGUACCUGCUUCCCUACGUCAGCCCGCACGAUCGUGCCAGUGUUCCGGUUGACGCAGAGCUGGAUUUCUCAAAAGAGGUCUGGAAACUGAACAAGGACUUCUUUAGCUCCUUAGGUGUUGACUUGUGCCUGGCAGACAUGUCACCCGCCUUUCAGGAGUUGGGUGCUUCACUUGGGUUUGCUAACAUAAGAAUGGAAGAUUUAUGUGCUUGGAAUCUUCGGCAUCUAUGUUAA